AUGGGCCAAUCUGUGUCGUUCCAGAAGGACUCGGAUUCGGGGGAGAAAGAGGAAGAGAAAGACGCCUGUGCGAUCUCUGCGUACGGCGGAUACGAAAAGCUACAGAUCGAGGGCGGAGAUAUGCAGUUCCAGAGCAAUGAACUAAGAAAAUCCGAAUCGGCGACGACUGUCCAGGUCACCCAACAGAUCGGAGGGGUCUCGCUCUCCGGUAAUGCUCAUAUCAGCGGCGGGAUCGUUGCUGGUGGGGACGUCCAUACGAACGUGGUCGUCCAGCUACCCGACAAGGCAGCAAUUGCUGCGCAAGAACGGGCGCGGCUGAAGGAGGAGAAAGAGAAAGAAAGGCAGGCUCGAAAACGCCUGCUGAAAGAGAUCUUGGAAUGGCUCGCGCCCAAUGCACACUUUAGAGCGGUGCAGAGUGCGAACUUGGAAAGGUGCACUGAUGGAACAUUGUCCUGGUUCAUCACAGCCGAACUAUACCGGUCAUGGAAGCAGGGAGGGAACCGCAUUAUUUGGGGCACUGGAAUUCCGGGGGCAGGAAAGACUGUCUUAGCGUCACGGGCGAUACACGACCUCGAAGAGCACAGUAGUUCCGUGAAGGGCAAAGUCUGCGUGAUCUUCGCGUACUGCCGCUACUCCGAACCUCUUACAGUGAAGGAGAUCCUCGAGGCUCUCGUCAAGCAGUUUUUGGAAUGCGACCCCUCGCUCGCAAGCAUCGUCGAGCCCAUGUUCUCUCACCACAAGUUCCGCGAUACACGACCGACACAGGAAGAACUGCUCGAUCUACUGCAAAAGUUGGAAGGCCACUUCGAGAUUGUGUUCUACGUCAUCGAUGGACUGGACGAAGCUGUGGCAGAAACCCAAUUCGACCUGAUACAAACAAUCAACCGUCUUCGAGGGCGCUUUGCGUUGACUUCGCGGCCAAUCAGGAGACUGGAGCAGGGUCUGCCCGCUACGAAAUUCUACCGGGUCGUCCCAGAUUCGUCGGAUAUCGUCCGCCUUGUUAACCAGAAGAUUGACAAAGUUCCGGGAUUUGGAGCGUUAUUGGACAAGUAUGGUCAGCGACAAGAGUUAACUCGGAGGAUACAGAAAAAGUCGAGGGGCAUGUUUCUCCAUGCAGCGCUUCAGAUCGAGAUCGUAAAACAGUGCUUGACGAUUACUUGCGUGGAGAGGAACCUCGAGCGAUUCCCUCCAGGUCUCGAGGGCAUGUACCAGGAAGCCAUGGCGCGCAUCAACAGACAAAGUCCCCCCGAUAAUGUGGCGCUUGCUAAGCAUGCGUUAUUGUGGGUUGUAUUUGCGAACGAGCCUUUGAAGCUACCCCUCCUGUACUCCCUCAUCGCGCUCACCUGUGACGGAGCUUUCUCAACCGACAGUACUCUCCCGCCCGAGGGAGCACUGAUUGAUGGACGGUCACUGGCCUCUCUCUGCUGUGGAUUGGUCUACAUCGAGAGGAAACGCAACUUGGUUCGCCUCGUCCAUUUCACAGCCCGUGAAUUUCUCAUCCCAGUCCUCAAGCACGACUUCCCGAAUCCCCAUGGAUUACUGUUCCGGGCGACAGCCAAGCAGCUGGUUGACCAUGGCAUUGCUAACAGCCAGGCGUUAAGAGACAACGCGGAUUUCAAUCGGUUGAUUUUCAAGCAUCCUGCUCUCCAAUAUUCUUACCACCACUGGGCAUACCACGCAAAGAAGUGCGCCUCUGAAUCCGACCAUUCCGCCGCAGAGGUUUUCGAAUUCCUGAAGCUUUGCACCUCGUUUCCAGUAAGAAUAUCCUUCAAUGUGGAACGGCUUUCCCCUCUCCAUGUCGCAGCGAAGUUUGGCCUCCACACCUUCAUCGACCAACUUGCUACGGAUGUAGCCAAGGGAGACAUUACGGUGCGCACUGUGGGGGGCUCGCAGGCGACCCCACUCAUUGUUGCGGCGCAGUGGGGCCAGGUCGAGGUCAUCGAUAGGCUGCUCAAACUUGGCACCCGCUGGACUAUCCUCAAAUCUGUUCUCGGUGGACACAGCAAGCCAGGAAUGCAGCUCCUGACCGGCCAAAUCAAUCUUCGCGAUUCUGGUGGAAAAACGGCUCUAAUUGAAGCGUCGCUGAACGGUCAUCACGAGGCUGUCGAGCGAUUACUCCAACAUCCCGAAGUCGACGUCAACAUCCAAUCCAACUCUGGCCUGACUGCACUUCACUGUGCUUUGAACGCGCCCACGUGCGACCAUCUCCUUGCGCGGAAGGAUAUACAGUUGCAUCUGAAGGAGCAUACUACCGGGGAAACUCCUUUGAUGAAAAUGGCGAGGCGCGGACACGAAUGGGGGAUCGAACGGUUACUUGCCCACGGCGAUAUCCGGGUGAACAUGGUGUCCAAAAACGGGUCAACGGCGCUAAUGCUGGCAGCGGAAGCUGGGCAUGCAGGGGCCGUUCGACUGCUCCUUCGUCACAAGGAUAUCCAACCGAAUUUUCAACUACCAUAUGGAUGGACGGCGCUAAUGUUCGCGGCGAGUGAAGGGCAUGAAGGAGCUGUAGAGGCGUUGCUUGAAGUCGAUGGGAUUGAUGUCAAUGCUGUCGAGGCCCGGUACAAGUAUACAGCCCUUAUGCUCGCCACGACGCCCGGGGUUGUGUCGCUGCUUCUGAAGCGUAAAGAAAUUAGGACGGAUUUGAAGGAUCACGAGGGGUACACGGCUCUCACACGGGCUCUACGCUAUCCCUUGCAUACCAUUGCUGAGGAGGGGAAGCGGAGGAAUAUGACAGGGAAGAUUGCAUUGCUGGAGGAGUUUGAGAGAGGUAGCAACGGUGGUCGGUAG